UACUACCGAGUUUCCACUUCGCCCUUCUAGUUUACGUUAAAUUUUCAAAGUCAGCAGGAGCAAAUUUUUUGUCACCAUGACAUCGACAACAGCUGCCGGUACUGCGUUAACAGAACUGAUCAUCAAAUUAUUCAAAAUUACCAAAGAAGAACAGAAGACAAUUCUAGGUAUCAAAAAGAAGUUCGAUAAGUUUGAUUCAAGUGGCGAUGGGUAUAUCAAUCUGUUUGAGAUGCAGUCACAGAGCACCGACACAAAGGAGAUACUCAUGAUGUCAGACGUCAUGGAGAGAUAUGAUAAAGCCAAAAACGACGGUAAACUGAAUUACGUCGAGUUUGUAACCUGGAUGGCACAGGGUAGACUAAAGGAUAUGUUCAAGGACCUGGACAGAAAUAAGGACGGGAAGAUGAACAAGCAUGAGUUGUGGCAGUUCGUGCGGGACAGUCACAUCUGGAGGGACUUCACGGACCAGCUGCUCUCUGGGAUCAUCAAGGAAGCCGACACCAACAAUGAUGGCGCCAUCGAAGUUGGUGAAUUCGCUUCGUUCCUCAUCACUAACAUGGAGAAACUGAAUAUUGAGUAAUGAAGGACAAGACAAGCAUCAUUGUGACGCCGUGACAAAAGAGGCAGAUGAAUACAUCACACGGAAUACGUAGUAGGCUUGUCCCUUUUUACCAAAAACAAAUCUGUAUGACGCAAACAACGUGUUUUGAACAUGUUCAACGAAAAUAUACCCGCAUUCGCCCAGAGAUUAGUUUAGGUCGAUAUGAAACGGGCAUUCAGGGAUUACCCAGACGCCAUGAGUUACAUCAUGUGAAACUUGCCAACAGUAGUGUGGUGCCAGAAUAUCAUGUAUGGCCUACAUGUAUAUACUGGCUGCUUUUUAGCUUUCGGGGCAUUGUUUCUCUUGGGACCCUGCAUUGUUUGGGCAUUGUUUGCUAAUUGUUUAUUGUAUGUACGAAAUUUAAUAA